CGCGGUUGUGGACGAAGCCUCUUUCCACUUUCAGACUUUUCGUCUCGAGUCACAGCCAACUCGAUGUUGUUCCGCAUGUUGGCACUAUGCCUUCUACAGUUCUGCAUCUGAUUUCUGUUUCCGUCGUCCGGUCACCCGCAACGGUCUCUGUUAGAGAUCGUCCACGGCAGGCACUGCAGUUUUCGCGUGAAACAUGUGUUUCAUGUCUCACAUAAGAGCCACAAAUGCAUUUUGCGUCUAGAAAACCAUUCGUCCGCGAUGAGAGGCGUCCCAAGGUAAGAGCUUAGCGCGGGAAGUACCCUGGCAGGAACCUUUCUUGCCCAUCUCGCAAGACUGCGACGUCGAAAAUCGCGGUAAAGCGUGUCUGUCCCGCAAGGCGCGCCGGUCUUUCGAUUGUUUUUCCCGUGAACUGUUUCCGGCACCGCGUACCACUUCAUCUACACCGAAAAUGGCAUUUUCCUGGUUCUUUCCCCAGCAGGCCUCUGAGGGGGCACCGCUGACAGCUGUAAGCUCGACUGCAACGGACGAAAAACCAGCUGGGGUGUUGAACAAAGCCGUUUCUGUCGAAGCGUCUACCAAAGAUUUCGCAGAUGCAAGAACCGCCGUUUUCGCACGCGGGCCGCGAUUGCUUUCGAGACACCACUCUGCCAGCUCCCGAAGACGCUCGAAGCACGUAGGUCCCGUUCAAAUCGAGUUUGACGACGACGACGAACCGCACGCCAGUUUUUCCUAUACGCGUCCGCCGUCUCAGCCGAUUGAACAUCGUUCUUCUUCGGACUCGGCUUCGGGGGGGAGCCAUGCUGGACAGCGUGGUGUGGACCCCCGCUGUGCCAGAGAGAGGGAGAGAAAAAAUCGGGAGAGGGCUGCUUCUCUCGAGCGUUCGAGCGCCCGGUCGAUGUGCUCUGGUGGAGAACAUGUGAAGACCGCAAGGUUUCAUGUUUCGGCGCGUCGGGAGCGAGCUGCACAGCGAUUCAACACAGUCGAUGAUCCAGAGAACGUCGACGGAGACUCUCACCCGCAGUCCCCUCAGCGUGGUGUGGCUCUCAAACAGGAGACGUCGGUCGAUCAGCCCCAUGUCGGCGGGAAAGAACCGGAAGACGACGCAGACCUAGUUGUCGGCGCCAAGCCGUUUGAAUUUGCGUUUGCUGGCCGGAGAAGAAGAACUCUGUCACACUUCCCCUCUCGACUGGGGACGUUGCCUUCGCUGCGCUCCUUUCCCUUGGGGAGCCAGAGUGGAGAGGGUCGAACCUUGACUGCGUCGCGGGAAGGACACCGAGGUUUUCGAGAGGGAAAUCCACGCGUGCAUCCACCUGAGUCAAGGCGGAUGGACGAAGGCGACUCGUCUGACUAUUCCGGUGUCUCUCCUGCAGAGUUGACGCCGAGGGAAGGGGAGACAUCCCGAAGCGUCCAGGUCUCGGGGGAUGUCUUCGCCGAAACCUCGGCCCGUUUUCACCUUCCUUCUGAGAUCAAACCAAGUAAACGCAGUAUCUCGAGUCUACGACAGCCGCUGGGAAACGGCCUUCGUGGAGAGACAGAGAGCACGGCGUCUCCCGACUCAUCUGCUCCUCAAAAUACGCAUGUAACAGCGUCGCAGUCUCGCCCUCCCCAGAUUCUGCAGGGUCCCUUGCCGGCGUCUACCGGGCCUCCAGAGAAGUCCUCCACUGCCUCUGUAGGUCGACACCCGCUUCGGACGGCGAGCGCGCGAGUGAGUUUCGCGGCCACAGCUGCAGAACGCGCAGCGGAGACGAGAGGGCACAAGGCGAAGGACGAGGAACAGAGACUGUCUCCAUCCGCCGGGCCUUCGCCCCGGAAGUCACUCGCUGAAGGAGAAGCGCGGAAGAUGCAGACACGGGAGAGACAUCGCCCCAGAAGUCCUUCAUCCUCUGCUUCGACCCGAGUCUCAGAACUGGACACUGCUCGUUCUUCUUCCUCGUCUACGUCUCUGCCUCCGGUCGCGCAAGAGGAAGGAAGGCACCGCAGCGACGAUGCGAAGGGGACCGAGGAGACAGCCGAGGUCGAGACAGGUCCGCAAAAGGUCCGCGCAUCCUCCGUCUCAGGAAGGCCCCCCUGCGAGCACAUUCUCCUCGUGGUCCACGGGAUCGGCUGCGAAGCUGAAGGAGGAGCCAUUCACAAACAGCAAUUCGUCAAGAGUCUUGCGCUCGUGAACGAAUAUUGGUUCUGGAAAAAACCUGUGGAGGUCCACGUGCAUGCAAUCAAUUGGAAACAAACCGUCAUCCACGCUCAGGAACAUAUGUUUGAACACAUCACUCUGAAGGACGUGUACGAGACCCGGCGCAUGCUCACUCUGACAGCUGCAGAUCUGCUUUUCUUCCUCACUCCGCGCUACGGCGACUUCAUCAUGACUCAGGUUGCCGAGCAGCUGAACGAGGCCGUCGCGAAACUCCGCGCUCAUCCCUCAGAGCGCUACAAGAACUCGAAAAUCUCGGUCUUGGGAUAUUCUCUCGGCAGCGUAAUGGCCUACGAACUCCUCGCUGGCCGCCCUUUCCGUCCAUCCCUCUUCAAUCCGACAACGAACCCAUCGCCGCGACUGAACUUCCACGUCGAUUCUCUCUUCCUGCUCGGAAGCGCUCUCCCGGCCUUUCUCCUUCUGCAUGCACCCGAGAUUCUCAAGCAAGGAAUGUGGUUGCCAAAGGACCUGCGCCUCUACAAUAUUUUUCAUCCCUGCGACCCUGUGGCGUUCCGCCUGGAGAAACUCGUUUAUCCUCAAAUUCGGCAACUCCCGCCGCCGGUCCUUCUGGCCUUCUGGAGGACCAAUGGAGUUCAGAAGUGGUACGAGUGGGACAUGAAUGUCCAGCACGCGAAAAACGUCCUCAUGCAGAACAUCACAGACUUCGCCUCCACCAUCAGCAACUCGCUUUUCUUUUGGUGGAACCCGGAAAAAGGGAACCCCAAUCCUGAGGGCAUCAGCGUGCUGGACUCCAACGCGUCUGCCGCUUCCGCCGCUUUGGAGGAGGCGAAGAAAACGAGGACCGGAUUGCUUUCCUCUUCCUUCUCUUCCUCGUCGCUAGUCGGCCCUCUGGUGCAAAAGUCGAAAGCAGGCCAGCGGGACGCGGAUGGCCUCCGGGAUGGAGACACACGGAACGGCGGCAAACGUGGGGGCUCCGCGGAGACACCUGGGCGAGGCGCAGGAGGCGACGGCGCCAGUAGAACGCACCGCAGAGUGCUAGACAGUGCAAGGUCUUCGAGUGCCAAGCUGGGAGAUGAAAACACUAAGCAACUGCCUCUCCGCCCUGCGGACAUGUGUGCAUUUCGCAUGCGGCUGAAGCAAACGCUGCCUCACGUCUUGAGGCGCCACCGCGCAGCAGAGAGCAGUGAAGACGAAGACGUUUCUCUUCCUGCGGGCUCCAGGUUGCUUCCUCGCCUCCCGCCACUCCCGUCGCUGGGGAGCUCGUUGUCUUCGUCUCUGGCCUCAGCUGAUUUGUCUUCCUCGGCCUCUUCCCAGCUCGACGUUUCUCCUCGCUCAUCGUCGGCUGCGUCGUCAACCGCUUCUGCCGAAGAGACUCCCCAUUCACCUUCCUCGCCAAACGCGUCGGAACGGGAGCAGAACGACAGUCGCGUCGAAUCGAGAUCCAAGGACGCCGACACAUGCAUGCAUCCCUCGCCACGCGCGGCUGUGCAGCUGUACGCAGGCGCUGCCAGAGAGACAGCAAGCGGAGAUCUCGAGAAAGCGAAGAGUGGAGACGCCUCUUCUCCGGGAGAACGAGAGAAUCAGCGGGCGGCAUUGACGAAGCGAGGCAGCGAGCUGAGUGCAACCGGAGGAGCGCUCCCAGAAAGAGAUGCAGAGACGGGGAAAGACCGGUCUGGGAACCGGCGCGUGUCGAAGAAGGAGGGAGACGCAGACAGCAAGCCAAAGAGAGAAGAAGACAAAGGGGGAAGGACGAGGCCCCGAGGCGAAGAGGAGGAAGGCGACGGGGACCAAAACAUUUGGCACUUGCUCUACAGAUCCAAUUCGAAGGAGAAGCCCGAAGACGGGGCUGUCUCCGAUGUGACAACGUCGAGCGCCGGCAGCGGCGCCUUCGCGCUUGAGCAACUCGAGCAACUUGAACAAGAAACAUCAAGGGCGAUGGCUCAGUUAGAGACCAUCAACGAGCAGACAGGUCCCGACAUCCUUCCCGUCCGGGUUGACUUCCAACUCCAGGAGGACACAGCCGAACACUUCCUUUCUUCUCUGGCGAUGCUCCAGUCGCAUUUCAACUACUGGAAGCUGAAGGAUGUCGCCUUCUUCAUCCUCAAGUGUCUUACGGGAACGAAUCCGACGUUGUCCUAUACAGGCCACUUGAAGCAGCUCGAGUGUGCGGCGAGGAAGGCUGCCGCGAAGGCGGAGCGUGAAUCGAAUGAGGUCGAGCGUCGCAGGCAACUAAAGUUGGCUGCUGCGCUCCACCGUCGCCUCGACUCUUUUAACGGGACAAGUGAAGGAACAGAAACCAGCCGAAAAAGCCGACAGCCACACGCGAAACACGGGUCCAGUCCACAGGGGGGCACUCUAGGAAAGCGGCACUCUCUCGCAGGCUCUGAAAACUAUGGGCGAGAAAAGUCGAAACAUCGACAGUCAGUACCGGGAGGCGGAGCGAUAGAGGUGUCUAGUGACGGGGAAAGCCACUGCUCAGCUGACAGAAAAGGAAGUAGCUCUGCUGAAAGCGAAAGGGAUAUCUCAACAGAGAGCGGAUCGUCGAAGGCACAGUCCACCUACCGUAGCAGGCACAGCGAGGCAAAGGCAAACGGAGGGAACUAUUCCACAGAUUCGAGUUCGGCAGAAAGCAUGCCACGAGCCGGUCAGGAAAGCGAGAAAAGUGCGAGAAAAAGACACCUCGAGAAACGUCAGCAACGCGCCAAUGAGAGACUUUCCACUCACCGCACAGUAACCAAAAGUUUUAAAUGAAUACUAACACCGUUGGCACGACCACUGAAACAACCAGACCGUUACUGAAGGCCAGGCGUAAGACGUUGCGAGCACGCAUUUGCACAGAUGCAGCCUUAUGCUCGUCCGUAUGUUUUCCUAAUGGCAUUCCUUGUUUAGCCGAGUGAACGCAUUCGUGCAAAAUGAAGGAAACCAAUGUCGUUAUGGUGUACUGCGUUACGACAUAACGUUUCCGUGACAACGGCGGGUUCGGAAAUGCCUUCUGGGAGCGAAUCCUUGUUUGGAACACGUUAACGAAGCGCUCGCACGCUUCACGCUUUUUUACUGAGGAAAAUUCAAGUGUCUGUGCCCCGACAAAUCAAAAGGACUCUACAUUUCAAUGCUUUCUACGAUCC